CGCUCCGCUUUCCCAGGUCGCGUAGUGACAACCGCCUUUCUUUCUUCCUGACUCCUCCACUUCACACCGGGCGCCACUGUCUCCGUGACGUCGCCGAGGACCAAACGCUCGCACCAGUCUCUGAGCAACACAUUUCUGGAGCCGAUUUGGUUCGUCCAAGAACGUGAGAAUGGCAGACCUGGAGGCUCAGUUUAAAGCAGCGGCAGAGGAGGUCAAACAGCUGAAGGCCAAGCCCUCAGACGCAGAGAUGCUGCUUGUUUACGCGCUGUUUAAACAGGUUUCUGUGGGCGACGUCAACACAGCGCGACCCGGGAUGCUGGAUUUCACCGGGAAAGCCAAGUGGGACGCCUGGGAGAAGCAGAAAGGGAAGAGCAAAGAGGAAGCCAUGAACGAGUACAUCACGCUGGUGGGCGAGCUGAAGCAGAAGUAUGGCUUCUAACAUGGCCUGGUCAGCUCGCCUCCCGACAGAUGAAGUUCCACCUUUAAACCUCACAAGUGUGUCCUUACUUUUCAAAUCUGGAGCCAGCCUUGAUCGUCCACCUGCCACAUGGAGCCAUCAUGUUGUGAACACUGCACUGUGGUCUGUCAUUUCAUAAUAAAUCUCCUUCCUUAA